AUGCCUAAGCGAAAGAGUACCACCGAGCCAUCUGGGUCCAAUAAAGAGGCAAAGUCAUCCUUAUCCAAGGAUGAGUUUCACAAAGUUUGCAGUCAACUCGAGAAAACCAUCGUGGAUGAGAAGAAUUCUUCAGCAUUUGUCUGCGGUGGUACCAUUUUAAUCAAAGGCGAAGCAGCGAAGCUCAAGAACCAGACCCCAAAGCCGUCCAACCCGGUCACCAUUUUCUGGGAACCAAAAGAUGGCCUUCAUGCAAAGAAGCUUGUUCUUCCCCUCAAGGACUCAAACGAUGACUGUCUUCGCCAACUAGUUACCGACUGUGAGCCUGCCAGUUUUGGGAGAGGACAGGAAGAUGUGAUGGAUCCCGAAUACCGUAAGGCAGGAAAGCUCGAGCCUAGUCAGUUUGUGACUAGCUUCCACUCUAUAGAUUUUGGCCUCCAGGAGAUCAUCGAGAAUAUUCUUGCACCCCCGUUGGAUUUGGAAAAGAAAGUCGUAUCUCGACGCAUUGAAGCAGAGCUAUACAAGCUCAAUGUGUACUCGGGCCCGUCUGGACUUUUCCAGAAACAUGUUGAUACUCCGCGAUCGAAAAGCCAAAUCGGAUCCUUGGUCGUGUGUUUGCCAUCGGCUUUCAAGGGUGGAAACUUGAUUGUGCGACACAAUGGCAAAGAGAUCGAUUUCGACUGGGAGCACCAGAGCGCAGAUGUGAUCCAAUGGGCCGCUUUCUACAGUGACUGUGAGCAUGAGAUUAAGACUAUCACUGAGGGUGACCGCAUUACCUUGACCUACAAUCUAUGCAUCGCCGAGCCCCUCGAGGCAGAUGCCCCCAUCUCACUCCUUGAUGCAAAGAGAUUAGCCUUGUACGAGGAGCUGAAAAGUACUUUACAGAACCCCGGAUUUAUGCCGAAAGGCGGGGUUCUCGGAAUCUUCUGUUCUCACGCCUAUCCACACACCGCAUCCAACGUCGAAACCUUACUUCCACGGGGUCUGAAAGGUGCAGACAUGACUGUAUAUGUUGCCCUGCGUUCGCUUGGAAUCAAGGUUGACGUGCUCCCCGUGGUCAUCGAUGAUAAGGAAAGCUACAUAGACUACAUGGAUCAAGAAGACGAGGAGUAUGAAGGGUCUCUUGCGGUGAUUAACGAUGAGUAUAAGAGACAGAUGGCAAAGAAACAAGCAAAGAAGGACGCAGAGAAAAAAGAAGCAGAGAGGAGCCCAGAGAGGAGUGCAGAGUACCUUGAAUACAAGCACCUUGGCAGACGUGUACACGUUGGAGCCAAGCUGCAGCCUCACAUAGUUGCUGACUCUAACAAGCUCGAAGAAGACGGGGGACUGCUCACAGCUAUCAGAACAAGCUGGCCAAGAAGCGAGUACUCACGGCCUAUAACAUGGAUUGCCAAUCCACAUCACGAAGAACUUGCCAUGUCUUAUAUGGCUUAUGGCAACGAGUAUAGCCAGGAAACAGUCUACUCGUAUGCUGCGGUCAUGGCAGUCAUACCUCCAUAUACUGAACGCCAAAUAUCUAAGUAG